GUCUCGAAUCUGCAUAGCGUGGUAAAAUCCAAAAUACAUUGUAAGUUAUAUUUUUUCUCAGGAGAUGUAUCCGGCAUUGACAGAUAAAAUUGAAUCUGAAUACCCAAAUUCUGUUACUAAAGCAAUGGACGGAGUUUUCAGACCGUUACUAGCAAAUAUUAUCCUGAACUUUGAUGAACCGAAGUUUCGGAAAAUUAAAAUAGAAAACCCAGUUAUUAAACAGUAUACUGAGGGGUUAUCGAAUAACUUUAAGGAGUAUCUGUUUGAUGUUUUGAAAUUUUCUGAAUCAAGCAAUGAACCAGGUGUUCUAAUAUUUUCAGGAGAUAGAAAUACAUUGAAAGAAGCGGAUGUUAUUUUCUCUGCUAUAGAAAAAUAUUUUGAAAGAAAAAAAUUAAAACCUUUGCAACUGCACCCUGAAGAAAGGGAAGCGAAUCCUCAUCUUAACCCUGCCAAAGCUGCUUUGACAGCUGCACAAAGUUCUUCGAAUGUCUGUUCAUCGUCUGACAAAAGUGAUGAGGUGUCUAAUAACCCAUUUAUUGAUAAGGACUUUGAAGCGGUUUCUGAUUUAAAGGAAACAGCUCGACAUACAUUACUACACGUUCCAAGAGUACGAAAUUGCUUCUUCGAUGCAAAAACCUUUUCAUUGCGACAGAUGCUUCAUGGGCGUGUAUAUGUAUGCACAGAAAAGUGUAAAAAUGACUGCUUAGAAGCACAUUGGCACCUUUUUUCAGGAAAAGGUUUGGUUUACGCUUACGUUGCCCAUCUUUCGAGCGAUGCGAAGGAGUUACUACAUUUAGGGAUAGAAUAUGGUUAUCAGUAUAACAGCCUUCCUGGUUCUAGCAACUUUAGAAAAACAAUCAAUUUUACCGAAAAGCUCAUAUCUUUUGAUGGCAAACUGCUAAUUAACAAUCACCCAAACAAACCAGUUGAGUCGUGCAUUUACUGUGGUGUACCAUUUUCAAAAAUUUUUCUAUAAAUAUAUCCUUGUCUUUACUUUUGCUAUUAUUGAUACUAAUAUGAUCGCAUAUGGUAAAAAUAUAUAAAUCCAAAUAAAAAA